GUCCCCCUGGCCUUCUGCUGCAGGGACCGCCGGGACCGACACCGCUCCAAGAGCCGCGACGGGAGCCGGGCGGACAAGUCGGUGACGAUCCAGGCUCCGGGGGAGCCUCUGCUGGACAAUGAGUCCACGCGAGGGGAUGAGCGGGACGACAACUGGGGGGAGACGACCACGGUGGUGACGGGCACCUCGGAGCACAGCAUCUCGCACGAUGACCUCACGCGCAUCGCCAAGGACAUGGAAGACAGCGUCCCGCUGGACUGCUCCCGGCACCUGGGUGUGGCGGCGGGGGCUACGCUGGCCCUGCUCUCUUUCCUCACGCCUCUGGCUUUCCUGCUGCUGCCCCCACUGCUGUGGCGGGAGGAGCUGGAGCCGUGCGGGACGGCCUGCGAAGGCCUCUUCAUCUCCGUGGCCUUCAAGCUGCUCAUCCUGCUGCUGGGCAGCUGGGCCCUGUUCUUCCGCCGGCCCAAGGCCUCUCUGCCCCGCGUCUUCGUGCUGCGCGCCCUGCUCAUGGUGCUCGUCUUCCUGCUCGUCGUGUCCUACUGGCUCUUCUAUGGUGUUCGCAUCCUGGACGCCCGCGAGCGCAGCUACCAGGGCGUGGUGCAGUUUGCCGUGUCCCUGGUGGACGCCCUGCUCUUUGUGCACUAUCUGGCCGUGGUCCUGCUGGAGCUGCGCCAGCUCCAGCCGCAGUUCACGCUCAAGGUCGUGCGCUCCACGGACGGGGCCAGCCGCUUCUACAACGUGGGCCACCUCAGGUACAGGCGGAUGGGGACAUGGGGACGGGAGGUGUUCCUGGGGGGUGGUCCAGCUUCCUCCGCACGUGUCGGGGGGCUGGCCCCAGACUUCCUGGAGUGGGCAUCAAGGCGGCGCUCUGAAGGGACCAACCUCUCUCUCUCCUGUUUCUGCACAGAAAACAGUACCAACAACUCCACGGGUCAGUCCCGAGCUGUGAUCGCAGCGGCGGCCCGCAGGCGGGACAACAGCCACAACGAGUACUACUACGAGGAGGCCGAGCACGAGCGGAGGGUGCGCAAGCGGAGGGCCAGGCUUGUGGUGGCAGUGGAGGAGGCCUUCACUCACAUUAAACGGCUGCAGGAAGAGGAGCAGAAGAAUCCCAGGGAGGUGAUGGACCCCCGGGAGGCAGCCCAGGCCAUCUUCGCAUCCAUGGCCCGUGCCAUGCAGAAGUACCUUCGCACCACCAAGCAGCAGCCUUACCACACCAUGGAGAGCAUCCUACAGCACCUUGAGUUCUGCAUCACUCACGACAUGACGCCCAAGGCCUUCCUGGAGCGGUACCUGGCAGCUGGACCCACCAUCCAGUAUCACAAGGAGCGCUGGCUGGCCAAGCAGUGGACACUUGUGAGCGAGGAGCCGGUGACCAACGGGCUCAAGGAUGGCAUUGUUUUCCUCUUGAAGCGCCAGGACUUCAGCCUGGUGGUCAGCACCAAGAAGGUCCCAUUCUUCAAACUCUCCGAGGAAUUUGUGGACCCCAAGUCGCACAAGUUUGUCAUGAGGCUGCAGUCUGAGACCUCAGUGUGACUGCACUACAGCAGGGGGACUGGGAGACUCGGGGGGCUCCUGAGGGCGGCAGUGGGGGCUUGGUUCUCAGGCCCUGCCACGUUCCUGCCGCCCUUCUUCCUCUUGCUCUAGCCUUUUUUUUUACUUGAAUUACCCCCCUCCCCCACCUGGCUCCUCCCCAUUCCUUGUUUACCCCGUGUGAACCUGGAGAGACAUCCUGCUGUCAACAGUACCUGGGAAGUUCCCCCUCCCUUCUCCCACCCCCUGGUUUCGUAUCACUCCGGGCCCUGCAGGAAUCAGUGCCUCUCUCCCUCUCCUUUCCCCGCCAACAGCCUCUUCUGGAAGGGCCUGGCAGAGCCCCAUUUGAACCCAGGUUCUUAUAGCAGUUCUCUCCAGUGGUUUCCCCAAAGGAUUUCUCUGGGCGUUGGGGGGUGCAGAUCUGACUCCAGAGAGCCACAGU